AAAUUCUUUAAUGAUUUAAUAAUGGAAACGAAGAGACAAGAAAAUCUAAUUAAAUGCAGAAGCCUAAAUUGCGAGAAUGACAUUAAGUUCUACUGUGAACACUGAAAUACAAAGAUUUGUCGAGAUUGUCGUAUUGAUUUUCAUAGCACCUGAAAUCCCAAAAUGAUCGACACUAAAACAGACGGACUUGAGAAGAAAGUGAAGGAGUUGGGUGAAGUGAUCACCCGCAUCAAAAUUAUUUCUGAAAUAUAUGAAGAUUCUUGCUCUAUUGAAGGAUUUGAUCAAGUCUUCAAUGACCUCAUCCAAAAUAUUUAUUGUAAUUACAUCACUGCUGUGAAGGAGGCUAUUGAAAAUGGAAAAUAUGAAACGUUUGAAACACUUAUCGAUGAAUGUAGCAGAUUGGAAAAAGAUAUUAUUAGCGGAGACUUUGGAAGAGAUGAAAAGGGUUAUAACCCAAUCCAAAUGUUGAUGCACAAUUAUUGUAUCAACCCGAAGUCGCCUUUCGAUGUGAAAGUUCACAAUGCUUUGGAGCAUAUAUCUCCAUUUUCAGGAGUUCCUUUGUAUUCUCAGAAAUUUAAAGACAUUUUUAAAGAAGUCUUUGAGAAAUACAUGGAGAAUAAAGAAAUCCGUGAUAAAAAAGAAAAGGAGAAAAAGAUGAGAUCUAAGAUAGAGGAAGAAAUAUCUCAAAAAUAUCAGAACCAAUUGAAAGAACAGGAAGAAAAAAUCGCUUCACUGACUCUGCAGUUAGCCAAAGCUCAAACAAACAGACCUCAGGCUCAGUAUCUGCCAGCCAACCCUCAGGCCACUUCUUUCCCACCAAGUAGACUUCAAAAGAGAGCUUUGCCAUGCCCCCCAAAAGUUAGAACAGCCCGUCAGGUUCCAUCUUAUCAUAUCCCUUUUGAUUCUCCUUCAGCGGAGUCAUCUUUUGAUUCUGAUUCGAUGCUCUCUAACUCUUACAACGCAAUGGAUUCAUUCUCUUGUCAUGAGAUGUACUCUGAAAUCCCUUGAUUGGAGUUUUCGUCAGAGCCUUCAUUCGUGCUCGAGCUAGAUUCAAAUGAACAAUUUGAAGGCGAUGAUGUUGGACAAAUACUGGCAUCACAGACAGCACUCCUAGGAAUCAAAGCUGUGAGAGUAUCCAAUAUUAGCAAUGAUAUGGAUAAGGUCAACGACUUUCUGCAACACUCCAUUCUCCAACAAAUACCCUCUUUGAGUCUGUCUUGUCCCGAAGGCGAUUUGUUUGGAUAUGCAUGCGGCAUCCUCGAUGGAUUGAUGUGCAGUAUUGGGAAAGUUAGUAGAGAUCUUUCUUUCAACAACAUAAUUUUUACAAGAGAGCAGCUUUCUGCAGUGGUCAUAAGAGCUAGACAUGUCGAGAAGAUCUCUUUUCAUAACUGUGACUGGAAUAUUGGCCAAGAUGAGGGAGAACUUCAAGACUUCGAUUUUAAACUAAGCGAAGGAAAAUACAAGAUCAAUACUCUUAGCAUGAGUUAUAAGAAUAAGACUCAAAGAAAUUAUGAACAUGCAGAGUCCAUAGUUGGUUAUGGAAAUAUGAUUUAUGCAAUCAGUGAAUCAGGUCUUAGAGAGUCACUCAAGCACCUCAACAUUUUGGAUGGGUUGUUUGGACUAAAAGAUGAAAUCAUCCAACAGCUCUCAAGCUCUGGAUUGUCUCACAUCAUAUUAGGUUCAUAAUAUUUUGAUCCUUA